ACCCCAGCAUUUGAGGACGAAAACUUCAUAGAUGACAGCUGUGUUUUCGUUCCACUGUCAGAAUGGAAGAUGUAAAAAAUAUUUUACAGUUUGUGCCAUUUUCAAGUGCUCUUGAAGCCGGCUUUUGGUACCCAGCUGUCGAAGAACAAGUUAGAUGUUUACGGGUUGGACGAAUCGCCGAAAACUAUCCAUGGAUUUUACUCAAAUGGAGAUGCCCCAGGGUUGCCCAGCAGGCUGAGUGUGGACUUUACAGCUUUUGAUAACCCUCCAAAGACACCUCCUAAGUGUUUUACCAGCACUGGCACACUGAUGAACUGUAACACCCUGGAGACAUUCAAAAGUUGUGAUAAACAGAAGAUUAUCAAAACAGCAGGGGAACAAAUAUGGGACGCAAUAUCAUCAGGAAAAGCAAUCGAAGAAACAGAAGUUCUGGCGAGAUUUGUUAUGUUGACCUUUGCUGACCUAAAAAGAUACAUCUUCUACUACUGGUUUGCAUUUCCAUGCCUCAAUCCAGGGGACUUAACUCUGUGCAGUUUACCGCAGCAUUUGAGUGAGCGUUUCAUUUCAUCUCAGAUCAAUACUUUGUUGACGUCCUAUGAUGCGCUGCAGAUAAGACACUCCACAGGGUUUUUCAUGAUCUCAGAGGAUAAGGAAUCCCUGACUGUGGAGAAAUUGUCCUCGGUGAAGACCUACUUGGAGAAAUCACAAAGGGUCAUUCUUGGUUUCGCUGACCCAAGCAACCUAGAAGCUUAUCCAGGAUGGACGUUGAGAAACUUUCUUUGCUUGGCCUCAUAUCAGUGGGGAGAAAAACUGCAGCAAGUCGAGGUUGUAUGUCUUAGGGACAGAUCCAAAGAUGGGAGUAGAGAUAUCAGCCAUAGUUUGGUGUUCACUGUGCAGUUAUCUCCCCUUGGAAACUUGACCGAAUGUCCUAAAGUAUUAGGCUGGGAGAAGAAUGUGCGUGGCAAGCUAGGCCCCAGGAUGGUGGAUCUCAGUUCCUCCAUGGACCCCACCAGAUUGGCCGAAUCAGCCGUUGACCUAAACCUGAAGCUGAUGCGGUGGCGACUUCUGCCUGAACUUGACCUGGAAACAGUAGCCAACACCAAAUGUUUGCUGCUGGGUUCUGGAACCCUGGGUUGUAAUGUCGCCAGGUGUCUUCUGGGCUGGGGAGUGCGCACGAUCACCCUGGUGGACAAUGGACGUAUCUCUUACUCUAACCCUGUCAGACAAUCACUCUUUGUGUUUGAAGAUUGCACUCAAGGGGGACAACCCAAGGCAGAAGCAGCUGCGGCUGCUCUACAGAAAAUCUUUCCUGGAGUGUCUUCCACAGGACACAGUCUGUCCAUUCCUAUGCCAGGGCAUACUGUCGUAGAGGCUGCUCUUGAGCAGACGAGGGAGGAUGUCAAAAGGCUGGAAGAGCUGAUAGAACAGCAUGAUGCAGUCUUCUUGUUAAUGGAUACUCGGGAGAGUCGCUGGCUGCCAACUCUGAUCUGCGCGGCAAAACAAAAGAUUGUAAUCAAUGCAGCCCUGGGGUUUGACACUUACCUGGUGUUGCGUCAUGGUGUUAAGAAGGACCCUGCUGCGCCCUUGAGCCCGCCUCCCGGGACGUCAGACUUCGCCCUCUGGUCCAAGGCAAUUCCGGGGCAUCAGCUUGGCUGUUACUUCUGUAAUGAUGUUGUUGCUCCAGGAAAUUCCACCAAAGAUCGCACCCUUGACCAGCAGUGUACCGUGUCUCGUCCGGGAAUGUCCAUGAUCGCCAGUGCUCUGGCUGUGGAAUUGUUUGUCUCAGUUCUCCAGCACCCAGAAAAAGGAUUGGCACGAGCAGAAACCAGCGCUAAAGAUGAACACCUGACAAAAGACUUUUCCUCAUCACUGGGCCUCGUUCCCCACCAGAUCCGAGGGUUUCUGUCCCGUUUCCACAAUGUUCUUCCAGCCAGCCGUUACUUUGACAAAUGCACAGCUUGUUCCAAAACGGUGUUGGAUGGGUACAAGGCAGAGGGAUUUGACUUCCUGUUGAAGGCGUUUAACCAGCCCAGUUUCCUGGAGGAUAUGACAGGGCUCACACAGAUGUAUGCAGAGACAGGUGAAAUGGAGGUUUGGGACCUGAGCGAUGAUGAAUCGAGCAGCAGUAUUGAUACAUAACGAGUACUCCAGAUGUUCAUAAAGAUCAAUACUCUAAUUCCUCAGGAGUUUUGCAUGUGAAAUAGCAAAUGUUAGUGCAAUUUAUUUACGUUUUUAAUUUGAUUUUGGUGACAAAAUCAGAUUGUUUGGAUUGACAAAUUUCAAGGCUUCAAAAGAAGUGUAAUUUUAUCAGUCCACCCAGAAGAAUGCCCUCAGAAGUUGCUGGAAUAAACACCUUGCAAACAUGAGAAAAGAUUGAAGAAUCAUAGUACCCCAUUGUGCUCCUCUGUAAAUAUCUCAUCCAAAACAAUGUGUACAUUUAUGAGAUUUUAUCUUCUGACCAAGUGUGGACGGGAAAUGGCUUUCAGCAUAUUUUAUGUCUAAUAAUAAACACAUUCUUAUUUACCAACUAGG